AUGCCUACCACCACUUCCCGCCUUGCUGUUCGAUCCCCCCCUUCUCGAUCCCCCGGCCCUCCUCGAUCCCCCGGCCCUUGGGCUAGCCCCCUCUUGAACUCCAAGCCGUUCAGAGACAACGAGGUCGACUCGAGGGACGGGGGAGCUCAGAGAUUCUCUCAGCUCCAACUCAACUCGCGCGGUGACCGCAACCGCAAGCCCACCGAGAACGGUCCCAAACCAAUUCAUUGUCCUCGGUCCAAGAUUGUCCAACCUACCAACGCUCAGCCAGCACAAGCUGCCCCCAAGAAGGCAGAACCACCACCGUACGAACCAACACCGAUCUUCCCCAAACAGCUGUUCCCCGCCGUCGUGCACAAGGUCUUUGGCGAGGAUCUUGACAUAGUGCUCCUACACUUUCAGCGUUAUUACUCAAAGACCGUCAAGGACUUCAGCCUAAGCGACUGGCAGGAGCUCUGCCAAUUUUUGGACGAAGAAUUCACAUUCAGUUACCUUGAGUGGGAGUACUGCACGGACACUCAAGUCCUCAUGGUUGUAUCACUCAGUCACAAUCAUCAGGAGAUGGUUAGCAUCCGUAAUGCGCACAUUGAGGAGGCACUCGACAUUAUCCGCGCGGUCCCAAUAGUCCUGAAGAAAAUCAUGGCACCGAAGGUGGUUUUCGGCGGAGAUACCACACAGCUCUACUCCGACGCAAAGAGUCAUAACGUCCUUACGCAGAAGGUUCCCGACGUUUUGACGACACUGCGCACGAAGCUCACGGAUGACCUCGUGAGCCUUGAUGAGAUCAUGUUCUCACAGCCGGAUUACACGCCUGAGCCGAGGCCGCGCAAGGCGACGGCUAAGGCGACGGCUAAGGCGACGGCUGCAGCGACGGCUGCAGCGACGGCUGCAGCGACGGCUGCACAGGCAGAUGGCUCAGGGACGACGAACGUGAAACGCCCCACUAGCGAGGGAGGGUUCACCAAGACCCUGAUUUACAUCAAAGACCGGGCGACCGCGAUGCGUGAAGGCAGGACAACCCCUCUCGAGAAACUGUGCUCUGUCAACGUCAUUGCGUUGCGCGAGACGUUCGAGCCGAGCCUGGCCAAACCCUAUCGAUCCCCUGCCGGGACGUCGAAGAAGUCGGCUCAAUAUCGGAAUGCCUCAUUGUGCAAGGGGGAAAACAUGGAGCUCGACAACGCCAUGUUCAGACGGAUGCAGACCGAUCAUCAGCUCAACAAACACAGUUUCGACUACAGCAAGCACCUGAUACAGGGUGCUGGACCGUGGGUCUGCAAAGCCGAAGGACAUUCGUACAUCUGGCACGGUGCCAUGCGGGCCUAUUGGGUCCACGUCAAUAUAGCAGACGACGAUCAGGUGCAGACUUUCACUGAGCUAGUGGAGCGCAAGGCCGACAUGGUCGAGUACCUGGAGGCGGGUCUUGGAAUUGCUCUCCUCAAUGAAUACGAAGGCGCCGACCAGGAGUGUCGUGAUGUUUUCCUGGGGAACGUCGCGCGCGAUUACCAGAGGCAGCUCGACUGUCUUUUAGAGACCUUCCAGCACCUGUUCUUUGAGAAGGUGUUUGAAAAGGUUGCCCGUCUCCCGAGUCAGGAGGACCUUGACGUUCUCCAUGCCCACAUCGAGGACUCGGAUGUCGCCAAACCCAUCUCGCACUCGGACACGCAGGAAGGAGCAUUGGAGGAGAUCGAGCAAUACUGGAAGGCAAUUCGCGGCCACGCUGCUCAACCCAUCGACUUGCGCAUCAACAUGCACGAAAUGCUGCAACAAAUGGUCGAGACGCUGCAGACCAGCUCCAAGAGCACCGCCCAGUGGCGAAUUGAGAAGCACAUCGGUGAGGUACAGGAGGCGGCGGUACGGGCGGCGAGGCCCUCGGCACCUCCCAUGUUGUCCAUCGAGGAUCAGUUCGCGAGAGCCAGGCAAGCCUUGAAACGCAAGCGAGGCACCUCAAACGCCGCCGCUGACGACGAACGUCGCGCUGGCCCGAGUGCUGGCCCGAGUGCUGGCCCGAGUGCUGGCCCGAGUGCUGGCCCGAGUGCUGUCGAUGGAGAUUGCGUCAUCCGGGUCGUCUGA